AUGGACCAAACUCACAAACGAACACUGGGUUCGACGCACCGUCGAACAAGGGUACGACAUCCCUUUCACUCGUCUGCCAUCCAUCUCCUCGUCCGGACCGUUGACGAACCACAGCCGGAUGGACAGCAAUGUGAUCGAACAGGAGAGCAUGUCCCUUCUGUGCAAGAAAGCCAUCGAGGAAGUACACGAACCAGGGUUUCGUUCGCGCAUCUUCACAAUUCCGAAGAAGACAGGCGACCUCCGGCCUGUCCUCAACCUACGACCACUCAAUCAGUACAUCCCGAAACAAUCGUUCAAGAUGGAAUCCAUCAAGCACGUCUGCCAGUUGAUCCAGCGUGGCGACUACCUCACCAGCGUCGACCUGCAAGACGCUUUUCUGCACAUCCUGAUCGCCAAGUCCUCUCGCAAGUAUCUUCAGUUCUCCUGGAAAGGUCACAUUUACCAGUUCCGCGUUUUGCCGUUUGGCCUGUCCUUGUCCCCAUUGGUAUUUACGAAGAUGAUUCGCCCAGUACUUCGUUGGGCACGGCGACAGGGGAUUCGUCUGUCGGCUUACCUCGACGACUUGAUCGUGAUUGCCCGAUCCCCAGCACUGUCCCUGCAGCACACACAGCGAGUAGUGGACAAAUUACAGUCACUAGGUUUCUUGAUCAAAGCGACCAAAUCUCAUCUAACUCCCUCGGCCUCCAUAGAACACCUAGGAUUUGUGAUCAACAGCAAGAAUAUGACACUAAUCAUCCCUCGCUCCAAGUUGAGAAAUAUCCGGAGAGAAGCAUCUCGCCUUCUCCACAACCCAACAAUCACCUUAAGACAGCUUUCCUCGUUCAUCAGCAAGGCCCAGACAACCACUUUUGCAGUCCUUCCCGCGCGCCUGAAAACCCGGCAACUGAUAUCCAUACGCAACCAAGCCUUGUACCGCGGAUUGCAAUGGACCAGUCUGAUACAUCUCUCUUCCAUGGCUCGGCAGGAACUUCAGUAGUGGAUCGACCAGCUGAAGGCAUGGAAUGGACACUCGUUCCUCCCAGAAGUACCUCAAGUCGAAGUAUACACCGACGCCUCGGAGACCGGUUGGGGCAUCGUGUACGACAACACCGUCCUGUCUGGCACAUGGACCACAGACCAACAGACCGAGCACAUCAACUACCUCGAAUUGCUGACCAUUGCCUUUGCCACCAAGCUUCCACCCCUUCAAGGGAAAGCCCUUCGCAUCUACUGCGACAACAUGACCACGAUUGCCUAUGUCAAUCAUUUUGGAGGAACCCGGUCUGCCAAACUCAUGAAUCUGGCCACGGACAUGUGGAAGCAAUGCCUUGUCACUGGCACCCGUGUCCGCCUGGCGUACAUUCCCUCGCCCUUGAACCCUGCCGACCCUCCCUCUCGCAGCUUGAUUCAGCAGCUAGAGUGGAGUAUUUGUCCAGCGUUCUUUCGGCACUUGGACUCACUGUGGGGCCCCCACCACAUCGACUGCUUCGCAUCGAGCCUGAACACCCAGCUUCCGACGUACAUGACAUGAAAAUGGGAUCCGCAAGCAUUUGCGAUGGACGCACUUUCUGUACCUUGGACAACCUGGCCUCGCCUAUAUCUUUGUCCGCCGUGGAACCUACUUCUCCACAUACUGCAAAAACUACAGCGCGAGAAGGUUCCCGCUACGUUGAUAACGCCCAACUGGUCGAGCGACCUCUGGUAUCCUCUCCUCCAGCUGUCGUCCCGCCUGCCAAUCCCCAUCCCUCGUCACCUGGUCCUUCCCGCACCAGGCUGCGCCUGCCACGUUCUCCUGAAGAACCCACACUGAAACAUGAUCGCGUGGGACAUAAAUUGCGGAGGUUAGAAGACCAAGGAUUCGAUGACAAUGCCAACACCAUCAUCCUCAACCGCGAUCGCAACCACUCCCGACGAUCCUAUAACCGUAUUCAACGCUCUUACAUCGACUGGACACACCACCACGACGUCGACCCUUUCAUUCCUAAUCCCGUUCAUAUAGUCAACUAUCUGGCCUAUGGCGCUACCCAUUUGAAAUGGAAAGCAUCCACUUGUCAAGCCUACUGCUCCGCCAUUCUUGAUUUGUACUCGGAUAAAGAUUCUAUUGUCAAAGACUCUACCUACAUUGAAUUCUUUUCCGCACUCAACGAACAGAACCUACUGUCUUUCCACCGUCCAACAUAUGAUAUUGCCCCGGUCAUUCAGUUCAUUCAUAACCUUGGUCCUAAUGACACAAUUAAUGCGAUAGAUCUCACACUUAAGUUGUGCUGGCUUCUUGCCAUUUUCGAUGACCGCCGUACAUCAAGAGACAAUGGUAUCCUUCGCUUGGUCAUUGUCGCCCCCAAAGAAAAACGUUCGGGUAGACGCAUCGAAAGGGUUGUCGCCAUUCAACCUCAUGAGGACCCCUUACUUUGCCCCAUCGCCACCUAUCUAGCCUACAAGUCCAACAUCGCCUUCUCGGUCUGCGUUCGGCCUCACCCUGUCCUCUCUCAGGUGACUUUGCAACGAUUAAAGAUCCCUCGUCCUUCUGGUGCCCUCCUCCCCAAGGCCCGGACUCUCGGACCUACUCUGGCUUUGGCUUCUGGUGCUUCGGUUGAAGACAUUCUUGUACACGGCUCAUGGGAUUCCUCCGCCGUUUUUGACACAUUUUACCGCUUGUCACGACAGACUGUUAGCAAUUUCUCUACCAUGACUUUGACUUCUUCUAGCGGUUAUCUGGACACACAGCCAGAGUCUCUGGCGAAUGAAGAAUAA